AUGUCAGGCUACAGCUACUCCAUCCAAGGCGGUCCGGCGCCAGCCUUCCCACCGCGCGAGUUUGUGCAGCAACAACAGCAUCAGCAGCAGGAGCACGAACAGUUGCAAUACCAACAAUACCAACAGUUUCAACGAGAAUACUUGCAACAGCAGCAACAACAUCUCCAACAACAGCAGCAAUUAAACACAGCACCGUCUCAACACUCGCAGCUGCCUCCGGCAAGGAACCCGAAGCGAGGCGCAACUCGUCCCGCAUCGUCCAUCUACUCCCAGCCAAGUCCGAUCAACACGACCUUUCAGGUACAGCAGCAACAGCCGCCACUGCAGGCGCAACAAUACCAGCACCACGGCUAUAGCCAGUCUGCAGGCGGGCAGCAAUACCAGCAGCAACAAUACCAGCAAUAUCAGCACCAGCAGCAUCAUCAACAGCAGCCAUCCUACCGGUACCAGGACCCCCGAUCGCAGUAUCUAUACUACUCGCAGCCCAAGGACCUCAGGAACGCUGACGGAGUAUCCCCGGAGAGCUCUCCUGAACUUUCUGCUGCCGAAUUAGCGCCUCAUAAUCCCCCACCGACUGCCCCAGAUAUCAGCCCCGUCGAGCGAAGCGAGCCUCAUUUCGACAUGGCUGCGACGCAGGCGACUCAACAAAGGGAACCGGCCCACGAUGGCCGGCCGCCGUCUGCGUCGCGAAGCAACAUUCCCAUGAUGCGGCGGGAACGGCGACAAACGGCAGACGCUGCUGCCAAGACAUUGCGUGAGACGAAGUCAAAAGAACGCCUGCAACAGAUGCACCAGACGCAGCAGGAGCGCAGCAACUCCAUCGCCUCCUCUAAGCGCGGCUACAAGGGCGGCGAGGUUCGCUGGGAUCCACAGACAGGCGAGCUGACAAGCUCCCAAAAGGGGCGGCCAAGCCAGGUUAAACCUGCAGAGUAUGCGCGUGGUCUGGCAGUCGAUUCGACGAGCCCGACAGAAGCAACCUUUAUGGAGGGUAAAUCGGCUUCCGGGGCCAGCGGCAUUGCCAGCUUUGCCAGCCGGCUUCGUCGCACCGUACAGACUGGGACUGGUACGAAAAACCCGUCGACAUCGUCUACCUCAGCAGCUCAACCUCCACAACCUCCACUGCCUCCCAAGGACCCCGUGUCGCCGCGGUCACCAGCGGUUGAAUCCCAGCCUAAAGAUUUUUCGUCAUCGACAGAUCCUGCUGCAGGAGCGUUCACGUCCAAUCGACCUGCAUGGCAUGGUGCGAGCGGCCGCACAGCCCUGGUUGCGCCCGUCCAAGACACACCGGAAGCAAAGCCGCUUAACAUCCCGCGCAAGAGCAGCAAACGCGUUGCCUCCCUGCCCAGACUUGCAGACAGCACCACUGCUGCAAAUCCGUCCAUCAUCUCAUCACCUCCUCGCCAGAACAUUGCUAGCACUACCACCAAGACGCCAUUGUCCCCUGCGACGCCCGGCACCCAAAGUUACCCGAGUCCCCCAAUGUCUGCAGACCCCACUUACCAAGAGUCCCCGUCAUCCCAACAGCUGAAGUCAGGUACACUGCCGCAGUCCACGCGCCCGGUAUCGUCCAAAAUUAAACGGAAGCCAACUCCUUCGCACCAGAGUCUGGCCAGUUACGAUGAAAGCGACCCUUUCAACUACAACAACCGCGUUCAUCCCAACACUGGCUCGUCCCCGGUCUCACCGCCGCCUCCCCCACAAGACAGCGAAUGGACACAGCCUCCGUCCCGGUUCAGCACUACCACUUACAACUCCACGGUGCACGAGUCGCUGGCCGAAUUCGACGCCACGGAUGCGCCUGAGAUGCCUUCCGUGCCCAACCCUCUGCGGUCUAGUCCGCCAUUCCAAUCGACAAAACGCCGGCCAGUGGUCCAAGUCGAAAGCAAUCCCGUGCAACAGGCAUCACCGCCACGACAGAAGCCAGUACCGAUUGUCACCAAGCCGCUACCGGGUCCUGGCGACGAUGGCAAUGUCAUGGACCGGCGGCGUCCACCACGCAUGGGACAUACGAGCCCCAACUCCAUUAGGAAUGGAAACGAGCCGAUUGUGAUCAGUCUCAAGACUCCGUGGAUGUCUGGAAACCACUCGCCUUUGCGCGAAACGGAAGACGGCGGCGACUACAUUGGCAACAGCAACGGUAGCGAGGAGGAUGCUUUACCCGACGAGUCCAUUUACAAUCAGCUACGGAACAAACAUCUCAUGGGUGCUUCCAAGGGUGUGGAUUCGUCUGACCGCAUGUCCAUGGCAGGGUCUAUUCACAAAAAUCUCCCACUGGCCCCACCCGAGAUGACGGCCAAGGACCGCGUCACCAUGUUCAACGCGCAGCUCGCCAGCCUUGCGCAGCGCCGCAUCAACAUUGGCCGCAGCAUCAAGCAGAUGACGGAACUUAUGCCCACCGACAAUCUCUUGGCGACGCCGGACGUUCUGCACAAGCGCGAGUUGGAGAAACGCAAGGUCGAGGGCCUGCGUACUGAUCUUGCCGAAAUCCAGCGCGAGGAGUACGAAAUUGGUUUGAAGCUGCAUCGUGCCUACAAGAGACUCGACAAGAAUGCCGAAUAUGAGCCCACGACACUGUGGGUCCGCCGGGUAACAGGUUGA